UGCGCACUCAAACAAUUACCAUGUCAAACUGAAAUGAAACUGUUCCUCUGAGAAGUCCCUGAUGAAGUGCUGAACGAGCAGUUUAGAUCUCUGGAGUGUCGCUUAAGGGCUUGUUAAACAUCCAGCCACAACAACAACAUGUUUGGUAAAAAGAAGAGAGCUCCGCAGCCCAGAGGCCAAGGCGCCGCUGCAGCCAAGCAGAUGGGUCUGUUUGUAGACCUGGACUCUGAGGAGAUGAUGGGAAUGGAGGGGAAUCUGGAGGACCCGGAUUUAGAGGCAGAACUGGCUGCUAUCACUGGGAAUAAAGCUGCUGCUGGAGGGAGAGCCAAGCAGAAGGGGAAAAGUGCGCUGCCCAUGGAAGACAUCGCAAAAAUGGCUGACGAGUGUAUGCGCGAUCUCGAUGACGAUGAAGAUGACAGUAACUUGGAGGACGAUGAAGAUUUAUUGGCAGAGCUGCAGGAAGUGGUGGGUGAGGAGGAAGCUGAGGAUGCUGUAACCCUUUCCUCCAAAUCUUCUGCCACUGCUGAAUCUCCUCAAGCCGAAACACCAGAGUCACUGACGCAGCAGGAAGUAAAGGUUUCCUCUGCGGCCCCCGGCAGCCUCCAACACACCCUGGAGGAGAGAGUCGCCAUGUACAGGACGGCUCUACAGAACGCUAUAACUGCAGAGGAGACCUCCAAAGCCAGGAGAUUCGAUCGUGGUCUGAAGACGCUGCAGUCGAUGAUUGCUGCCGUUAAAAAAGGGAAACCUGUGAACGAGGCAGAGAUUCCUCCUCCGGUCACCAGUGGAGCGCCGAGUGCCGCCCCUCCUCCUCCUGCUGCCCGUCGCCCCCCUCCCCCCGUCCCCUCGCCUCCUGAACCCUGUCCCUCAGAUCAGGAGGGGGGGUCGGAGGUCACAACGCCCCCGCCUGCUGUACCGGAGAUCAUCACCCCAAGUGAAGAGGAGCAGUCGUCCUCCUCCCUGCCUCUGAGCAGCGUCCCCUCUCCAGAGGAGCCUGCAGACAGAGCUCAGACCAGUCCCUCUGAUGCGAACGAGGCGACCAAGACGCUGCUUCUGGAGAGGCAGAAAGAAUACAAGAUGGCAGCUCUGAGAGCCAAGAAGCAGGGAGAUGUGGAGCAAGCAAGACUUCACCUCAAGACCGGCAAGAGGUUCGAUGUGAUGAUCGAGGCGUUGGAGAAAGGACAAGCGGUCGACCUCAGUGAGCUCCCUCCGUCCCCAGAUCAGGUGUCUGCUCCCGUCAAGAAAUCUUCAUCCGGGCAAAACAUAGAAGUCGCCCAACCAGUUACAUCCGCUCCAGCCGCUGCCCCCCCAUCGGCUCCCAAAGACGUGCUGGAGGCUUUAGAGCAGAGACGAGCCAAGUACUCAGAAGCGUCCAAUCAGGCGAAAGCAGCCGGAGACGACCGCAAGGCCCGAAUGCACGACCGCAUCGCCAAGCAAUACCAGAGUGCCAUCAGAUCUCACAAAGCAGGAAAAGCGGUCAACUUUGAGGAGCUGCCGGUUCCUCCUGGUUUUCCUCCCAUCCCGGGUCAGAAGGCAGCGGGAGCAGAUCAGGGAUUAAUUGCUGCUCUGGAUGCAGCUGAUAAAAUAGCCUCCACUGAUGCGACUGAAAUAGCUGAUGAAGAUGAAGAAGGGGAGAAGGAAGAGGAGACUAAGCGCGCAGAACACCCGAAGAAGCUGAUGUUGGACGUCCCCGCCGCAGCGCAGGAACGCAGGAAGAGUCCGACUUCACCAGAAGGAACAGCCGCCGGGGAGGGUCUCUCAGCGACAGCGGAGUUCCUGGAGGGCAGGAAGAAGCAGUACAUGAGGGCGGCUCUGCAGGCCAAGCAGAAGAGCGACAUGGAUCAGGCCAAGACGUUCCUGCGCACGGCCAAGAGCCUGGAGCCGCUGAUCGAGGCGGCUCGCAGCGGGCGGACGGUGGACAUCAGCACGGUGCCGUCGCCCCCCGGUGAUGAAGACGAGGACUUCAUCCUGGUUCAUCACAGCGACGUGCAGAUCUCAGAGAAAGCAGAGCAGCUCUACACACAGCUGGCCAAGAUCCUCAAAGAGCAGUACGAGAAAUGUAUGACUCACUCCAAGCAGUUCACACACCUGGGGAACGUCCCCGAAACAACAAAGUUUGAGAAAAUGGCGGACAGCUGUAAGAAGAGCCUGGAGGUGUUGAAGCUGGCUCAGUCCAAAGGUCUGCCUCCUCCCAAACAUCACUUUGAGGAGAGGUCCUUCCACACGGUCAGGAUCUUCCCAGAGCUGAGCAGCACUGACAUGGUGGUUGUGAUCGUCAAAGGGAUGAAUCUUCCUGCUCCUAGUGGGAUCCAGCCCAACGACCUGGACGCCUUCAUUAAGUUUGACUUCCCGUACCCCAGCGCGGAGCAGCCGCAGAAACACAGAACAGCCGUCAUCAAGAACACUAACUCUCCAGAAUACAAGCAGAGCUUCACGCUGUCGAUAAACAGGAACCACCGCGGCUUCAGGAGGCUGGUGACGACUAAAGGCCUCAAACUGGAGCUGCUGCACAAAGGAGGCUUCUUACGGAGCGACAAGCUGGUCGGGACGGCGCUCCUAAAGCUGGAGAAACUGGAGAGUCAGAGUGAAAUCAGGGAGAUCGUAGAGGUGAUGGACGGUCGUAAGCCGACAGGAGGGCGAGUCGAGGUGAAGGUCCGGCUGCGGGAGCCCCUGAGCGGACAGGACAUGCAGUCGAGCACCGAGCGAUGGCUGGUGAUCGACUCGUCACAGGUUCUCGUUUAGAUGCUGCUGCAAGUUAAGGACGACUCACAAGAUAAAGAUGAAAGGCACUCAAUCAGAAACACUCGGAGGAGGAUGGAGUUCAGGAAGUGAUGAGGACGGUCUGCUGAUCAGAGUCGACUCGGAGCUACACGGGUCUCUGAAUUUAUAAAACUUUUGCACCUUUGCGAGACAGGAGAGCUGCCUCUGCGCUUCAGAGGAGGCGACGGUUUACGCUAGGUCAGUGUGACGCUCGCUGAUGGACAAAAAGCACUUGUUGUUCUCCUGCUUUGUGUCAUUGCUGCUGAUUCUCACAGAUUAAACUCAGAUAUAAGCUUG